AUGUCAUCAACCACAAUCGCUAAUGCUCCGUUCUUCAGCUUCAUUCACAUUUCAGCCUGGACGCAGCACCAGAGCUCCAGUCCAAAACCCCAACGUCCUUUUGGUCAUUUACGUUCCUUUUCAAGUUUUUCGCAAGCAUCAAACUCUAGCACCAGAGAGCAGUCUCCUGCCAGAUCGGCUACUUCUCCGAGGACAACGGGCAUGUCCUCUCCGUCGAGAGAACCGUCGUCUCUGGAGGUCCCACAACAACCACGCAGGAAACAUUCAAACCAAUCGCUUGCAGAUGAUGAGGAGUUCACGACAUCACCCGAUCCUAGGAAAAACUCGACUGGUGGCUCCGAGACGCCAGUGCACCACCCUGACCUUGAUAACGAAGUUGCUGCCCUGAGCACCAAGCUCAUCAACGCAAUCAACCAUCAAACCUCGUUGGACGACAGCCUUGCAUCGACACGGCAGGAGUUGGAGGAAGCAAGGGAAAAGAAUCGCGAACUGGAAGCAACGAUAGCACUUCAGAACGAAAAACUAUCUGGCGACGUCUGGAUCAAGAAGUCCACUAUGGAGCGCGAGAAAGCCCAGCUACUACUACGUCUUGCAGAAGAACGCAGAGCCAAGGCCGAGGUUGACAGGGAAAAGAAGAAGAUUGAACAGGAGCUGGAGAACUUGACGCAGGCCUUGUUCGAGGAGGCUAAUAAGAUGGUCAUUUCUGCAAAGGAGGAAGCGCAAAGGGAACAAGAUGCGGUUCAGCGCAAGAACGACCUCUUGAAGGCCCAGUUAGCCGACACGGAGGGAUUGUUACGGUCACAGCAGGAACAGCUCGUAGAGCUCAAGCUAGUCAUGGAGCAAAUGACAGUUGAGCGCGACGAUCACAGCGGCACGACGCCCUCUUCCCCUGGAUUUAGCAAGUUCGACUCCAGAGACGAUGACCGAAGCGACAUCACGUUACAAUCCGCUAUUACCGAGCCUUGCUCUCCAACAUUCCCGACCAGCCUUACUCACCUCCUUCAGCCCGUUCUUCGUACCGACUUGGGUGCCUACGAGGACUUCCUAGCUCUCAUCAAAACCUCGAAGUCCCGACCUAUGAGUCGGCUCUCCAACAGCUCAUAUGGUGGCCUCAACCCUCUUUUGAGUCUUGCAAGCUCCGGCUCUGCGCCGUCGAAUGCAUCUACUGCAUCACUUGCAACGGCCAUCACCUCGUCUACGUCGUCACAGACCCCAAGCACUCCUGCAUCGUCAUUGAUGAGCGCAGCAUCUGUUAGCACGCCGCUUCCACCUUUGAAGGAGACCAAAUUUUUCAAGAGGACUCUUGCUGAGGAUGUCGAGCCUACACUGCGCCUCGACACAGCACCCGGCUUGUCUUGGCUGGCACGUCGAUCUGUGCUCACUGCCAUUAUCGAAGGAACCAUGGUUGUGGAGCCCGUACCUACGAACACAUCUUUCACGGCCAUUACCAAGCCCCAAUUUUACCCAUGCUCAUUGUGUGGUGAGAGUCGUAGGGACGCUCCUCAUCUCCGAUUGCAUCGAUUCAAGACGAGUGAAGCCGACUCGGCCCAGCGCUACCCGCUUUGCACCUACUGCCUCAACCGCGUCCGAUCCACUUGUGACUUUUUGGGUUUCCUCCGCAUCGUCAAGGAUGGUCACUGGCGUGCCGACGACGUCGACUCGGAACGGGCAGCAUGGGAAGAAAGUGUCAGGCUCCGGGAGCAAAUGUUCUGGAGCCGCAUAGGAGGCGGCGUGAUACCAGCUGUUCAAGCCCACGGCCUCUCCCCAGGCAGCAUUUGCGAGAAGAGCCCUCGCACCAGCCACGAGGCACCGUCCGUCAUAGUCGAGUCCGUCCGCGAGGCCACGCCGGAGCCGUCCCUCGAAGCUGCUUCAGAUGACACCGAGACAACCACCAAGCCCGAAGCCCUCCAAGAAGAAUCUGCCAGUCAACCACAGCAACCAGAGACAGACGUAAGCGAUGGGCCGGCAGACUCGGUGCUGGAAGACGCUCAAGUAGAGGCGACUGGAGAAAGCGAGCCUGUCCAACAACAAUCAACCGAGACCUUGGUUGUCGAGAAGCCAGAAGCUGACGUCGAUGACAUCAAACGACUAUCAAUCACCAUUCCUGGAGCGUUCGCUACAUAA